AUGGUGGCGAUGAACGUCUUCCGGCUGCUGGGGGACACGUCUCAUUUGCUCUCCUUCAUCGUGAUGUUUUGGAAGCUCUUCACCUCCAAGAGCGUCGCUGGCAUCUCGCUCAAGACACAGCUGCUAUACGUCAUCGUAUUUUGCUUUCGAUACCUCGACAUCUUUUGGAACUUUCUCUCCAUCUACAACACAAUCAUGAAGGUCAUCUUCAUCUCGUCGUCCGUGGCGGUGGUGUACGUGAUGAAGUUCGGCGUGCCGCACAAGGACACCUACUCGCAGGAGGACGACGCCUUCCCCAUCGCCUACCUGGUUGCUCCGGCCGCGCUGAUGGGCGUCGCCUUCAACCAGGACCACGAGUCACCCUUCGAGAUGUGCUGGGCCUUCUCCAUCUACCUCGAGGCGGUGGCCAUUCUGCCGCAGCUCUUCAUGCUCCAGAAGCAGGGCGGCGCGGAGCCACUACAUAUUGCUGCUGGGGCUGUACCGCCUCUUUUACAUCCUCAACUGGAUCUACCGCUACGCGACCGAGCCGCACUACAUGCAGCUCAUCGUCUGGAUCUCGGGCACUGUCCAGACGGCGCUCUACCUCGACUUCUUUUACACGUACAUGAAGUCGAAGCGAGAGCGCGGCAUCGACGCGCCCAUCGAGAUCGACUCGGUCUGAGUUGCGGCAGGUAGAGGCCGCGGGAGGGGAGGGAGAGGGAGAGAAGGGAGAGAGGGAGCGGGCGGGAGGGGGGGUCAGAUCGGGGAGGAAGAACGAGCCGGCGGAGAGGCAGGGCACGUGCAGGCGGCGGGCGCGCCGUCUCGUACUCUCGUGCGGGUGUCAACGGACAAGGGACAUCACACACCGGCGCGCGGAGUGGAGAGAGAUGCCGAAGUUACCGAGAGAUAUUGAGUUCAAUAAAAAAUAUCCCGGUGUC